GGCAUGUAAUAAUAUAAGAUAUGAUGUAUGUAUGAUAUGAUAUGUAGGAUAUUUUUUGAUGUUAUGAGGAAGGAGCCCCGCGCAGCGACCGCGAGCGACUCUGUCCGAGGACUCGGCUCGUGCGCCCGAAGCUUUGCGCCAUGUCUCAGGUGUCUCAGGUGUCUCAGGCUGACCCGGCGCCCCGUGGGUUCGCAGGCCGCGCCGCGGCGACGGCGCCUCUUGAGGACGCUCUCUCGGUGCCCGUGAGCGCCGUGCUGCGCCGGAACUCGUACAACCUGCACAAGCUGAGCCUGGACGCGCCGCCCUGGGCCGCCGGGGACGUCUUCGCGGACGGUCCCACAGAUGAGAGCCGCGCCUCCCCUCGCGGCCGGGCGGCGGACCCCAUCCCGAGCGCUCGAACGCCGGCGCCCGCCUCCGACUCCGAGGAGGAAAAGGCCCCCGGCAAGAGCCGGAAGGACGUUGCGUCGCGGCCCCCCGCAGAGAGCAGGUGGGAGCAGGAGGAGAAGGAGGACGUGGAAACGAAAGCGGUGGCCACCUCACCGGACGGCAGGUACCUCAAGUUCGACGUCGAAAUCGGAAGGGGCUCCUUCAAGACCGUCUAUAAGGGCCUGGACACGGAGACCACCGUGGAGGUGGCGUGGUGCGAGCUGCAGACACGCAAGCUCAGCAAGGCAGAGCGGCAGCGCUUCAGCGAGGAGGUGGAAAUGCUUAAGGGCCUGCAGCACCCCAACAUCGUGCGCUUCUACGACUCCUGGAAGUCCACCAUCAAGGGCCACAAGUGCAUCGUUCUGGUCACCGAGCUCAUGACCUCAGGCACCCUCAAGACGUACCUUAAGCGGUUCAAGGAGAUGAAGCUGAAGCUACUGCAGCGCUGGAGUCACCAGAUCCUCAAGGGGUUGCACUUCCUGCACAGCCGCACUCCACCCAUCAUCCAUCGUGACCUCAAAUGCGACAACAUCUUCAUCACUGGCCCCACGGGUUCCGUAAAGAUCGGGGACCUGGGCCUGGCUACCCUCAAGAGCGCCUCCUUUGCGAAGAGCGUCAUCGGGACCCCGGAGUUCAUGGCACCGGAGAUGUACGAGGAGAAAUACGACGAGGCUGUGGAUGUGUAUGCCUUCGGGAUGUGCAUCCUGGAAAUGACCACGUCCGAGUACCCCUACGCCGAGUGCCAGAACGCCGCGCAGAUCUACCGCAAAGUGACCAGCGGCAUCAAGCCGGAGAGCUUCCACAAGGUCCAAGUGGCCGAGCUCAAGGAGAUCAUCGAGGGAUGCAUCCGCACGAACAAAGAGCAACGGUACACCAUCCAGGACCUGCUGGAGCACAGCUUCUUCCAGGAGGACAGUGGCGUCCGUGUGGAACUGGCUGAGGAGGACGAUUCGGUCAAGUCGGCCCUCAAGCUGUGGCUGCGCAUUGACGACACCAAGAAACUGCACGGGAAGUACAAGGACAACAACGCCAUCGAGUUCCUGUUUGAGCUCUACAAGGACGUGCCUGAGGAGGUGGCGCAGGAGAUGGUGGUGCUGGGCUUUGUCUGCGAGGCCGACUUCAAGCCGGUGGCAAAAGCGAUCCGUGAGCGAGUGACGGCCAUCAAGCGGCAGCGCGAAAAGCAGCGCCGACUCUCUGAGGAGAUGAGGAAGAGGAAGCAGGAGGAAGUCGAGGAGGAGGAGCCCGAUCUGGGCUCGCCCUCGUCCUUCCUGAAUUGGCAGACGAGGGAGGGCUCCGCCCCUGCGCAGACUCCGCCCGCCCCCAGCUCCCCGCCCGCUUCAUCGGCGAACGGAUCGUCGGACUCCGGCAUCAACGGCAGCUUGCCAGCUGAACGCGAGGAGCCCGAGGCCGACCGGCACCGGCACCGGCCCCGGCACCAGCACUCGCACGUGCGCCACACGAGCUGCUCCUCGGCCACCUCUGACUGCGAGACGGACGGCUACCUGAGCUCCCCUGGCCUCCAGGACCCGGUGGACAGCUUUGCCCCGGCGCCGAGCUCUUCCUGUUCCCCACCCGCGAUGCCGUUGAUGGAAGCCCUGAGCUCGCCCCCGAUGCCGGCGCUCCGGUUCCCCUCGAGCAUUGCUGUUUGCCAAAACGUGGGUCCCUCGAGCUCAGCCAGUGGCUUCUCCUCCCCUGUGGACAGCUACGCCUCGGACGUCACGUCUGGACUCAGUGACGGGUACGAGGGCCUGUCGGAGAGGAGCACCAAGGCACCGGUCAGACGCACGGCAGGCAAACUGUUCAGGAGGAGAGCGCGUUCCCGCCUGCGCAUCACUGGGCUCUCUGACGAAGUGGACCGAGUGGUCGAGUGCCAGCUGCAGACGCACAACAACAAGAUGGUAACGUUCAAGUUUGACCUGGAUGGGGACAACCCCGAGGACAUCGCAACGGUCAUGGUGCGCAAGGAGUUCAUCCUCCCCUCCGAGCAGGAGGGCUUCAUCCACCGCAUGCGCGACAUCAUCGAGCGAGCAGAGGCCUUGAUGGGCGAGGAGUGCGCCGGACACGUGGACGUCGACCCCGGAGGCCCCCGGUGGCCCUACCCGAGUGGGGCCGGCGCGCUCUCCGCAUCGCAGCCCAACCUGCACACGCACAGCCUGAAUCGCAGCUGUUCCACCUCAUCCCUCCCAGCAUCUCCCCAGCCGUACUACGCGGCCGGAUCCUGGUACUCCCCGGCGUCCAGCCCUGACCCGGUCCCGCUCGCCGUGCCCCUCAGUCCGCUGGCCCACGUGCCCCAGUACCCGACACCCCCGUACACGGCAGGCAGCUGCUUUGCGUUCCCGGCUCCGCCCGCUUCCCCGCCGGCUCACCAACCCGUCACGCGCACCUCCAGCAGCCCGAGCUUCUCCGUGUCGUCGCCGGGCACCCAGGGCCGCCGCAGCCCCCCGGCCCCCGCGCCGCAGCCCCCCCGUCGGCCCAUUUGGCCGGCCCACAGCGAGCCGCUCAUGUCCAUCGCCAACGUGCUCUCCAUGGCCAUGAGCAUGGCGCAGUCCUUCAUGCCCACAGCCACGCUGCCCAGCUACAGCCCUCAGAUGGUGGCUCCGCCCCCGUGCCCCCCGUUCAGCGCCCCAUACCAGGCCAUGCAGGGGCAGCCCCUCAGUUGCCGGAGGGCCGCACCAGCGAAUCCAGACGCCCAGCGGAAGGAAGGUGACUCGGCGGCUCGGCAGCCGACCCCCCCACGGACUAACACGGCCCUCGUGGAGACACCCCCACCCGGUAGCCCCCUGGGUUCGGCUCGAACCGGGGACAGUGGCAGUGGCAGCCCUUUGCCCUUGGAUGUUCCCCGCGCAAAGGCCAGCCAGUGCUCGUCAUCCUCCUCGUGCUCGUCCGCGCGGUGCACGGUGUCACUGUCCAGCACGGGAUCGCCAUCCCCCCCGCCGAUGACUAACAUCCCUCGGGUCACACAGCCUCCUCUUUACCGCGGUCACAGGGCCACCGUCACAGUGGGUCGCUUCCAGGUGACGCCCAGCGAGGAGAUCUUUCCUCCGGAUGCGUCUCCAGCGGUGUCCCCACCCCACGAGGGCGAGACGGGGAGCGGCACAGAGGAGCGCCGGGGGUCCGAGACCAGUCUCGGCCGCUCCCUGCCGGGACCGGAGCCCCCUCCCGCAGCGGUUAAGGAGUCGCUGCAGCGGCUUGGGGACGGGAGGGAGGAGGAGGAGGAUGCGGAGGACGUGCCGCCGUCCCACGGGAACCUCAGUCCGGAAUGCAGCCUCAGCCUCACGGGCACCUCGGCGGACAGCAGCCUGUCGGUGACGGCCCGGGAGUCCGAGGGACUGCGCCGGGAGGGGGCCGCGGAGAGCCACCAGCAAGGCGGGCCGCCGCAGCACCUCUGGCUGGGCUACAACCGCAGCUCCUCGUUCCUCAGCAGCGAUGACACGGAGAGCGAAGAUGAGGAGAUGUGGCAGGAGCUGCAGGAGCUGCGCAACAAACACCUGUGCCAAGUGCAGACCCUGCAGGCAACUCAGAAGCGUGAGAUCGAGGAGCUGUACGAGAGGAUGGGCAAGGUGCCCCCCGCGGGCAUCGUCUCCCCUGCUGCCAUGCUGUCCAGCCGCCAGAGACGCCUGUCCAAAAGCGGGGGCUACCCCUCGUCUCGACGGAACAGCCUGCAGAGGCUGGACAUCCUUCCGCCUGCCGGGAUCAUGAGGAAGAGGUCCUUCAGCGGCGGCAGCAGCAGCGGUUCCCAGGACUGGCCGGGCAAAGGGGUCUCCUUCGCCGAGUACAGCCGCAUGGUGAGCGUAACCCGCCCCCACCCCACCCCACCCCCGAUCUGAACCCUGUAAGCUGCUGUUAAGCACGACACGCUUACUCUUCAUUGCUCUACCCACGUCUGCACGGUGUGUCCACGGCCGUUACCAGUGCACAUACCGACUGUACGUUCCUCUGUAGUUCUCCUGGCUACGAUGUGCACGGUUGGUUCUUGACAUGCUCUGCGUAUCAACCGCAUUCCUUCCAGUGACAGGAGACUCCAAGGGGGCUGGAUCUCACCCACUACUGGACCUGAGCUUCAACGAGAGGAACCUGCACACACCAGUCGCAAGGGUCCAAACCUGACCGGGACCACAGCACCACGCUCUGUGCGUGUGUGCGUGUGAGGGGAGAUCAGCUUGGGACACUACAAGGACAAAGAAAGAGAGCAGAGAGCUGCACGAAAGCCCCACCUGCCUAGUGGUCCGCUCUCAGCUGGACAUCACGUUCAGUCCUGGUCAAAGUCUUGUAGAAGGUGUAAAGGAGACCACUGAGAACAUGGUAAACAGUGUCACAGCUGCUCUUCCUGAACCCUCAGGCUUCUUUCUGCACCUCCUGGCGUCCACCACAGACCUUCGUCGUGUCGGGUUUGUACUCUUCUCCGUAUCGCUCUCGUUUUGCGCAACAACCAAAGUUGCGUUACUUUUCGAAACACAGAAGAGUGACAGUUCUGCCCUGAAGGCGCGUGCACACACACACGCACACGGUGCCUUCAGCACACUUGCCGGUUCUUCUCGACUUUCCCACAAGGUCUCCGUAUCUCCAUCUACUUCAACGCCAAGGCAGCACAAGAACACGGUCAUUAGCGGUCAAGGCACACGACCGUAAGGACUGGAGAUAGUAAACAUCAAAGAUUGUUUGAAAAUAUUAGCGUGUCUUUAUUAAUUAAUCCACCUCGAGCUGCAGGUUUCACCUGUUUUGGACCCUGGGUAAUGGAGGUUAUGGCUUCUCCUGUGGUCGCUUUCAAUCCUUUGUUUCAUUUUAAAAUCCUGUUAUUACCUCAAAGUACUCUCACUCAUCUUUGGAAUAUUUACAGUCCGCUGAAGGGGCCUCCAGGCGACUCACCGCAAUCCCUUUAAAAGUGUCCCAGAGCACAUCACUGGUCACAGCUGUAGUCACCGCGCUCUCUGCACAACACGGCUCUUCUUUACCGUAAAGGCACGCACUUCAGCGAAGACGUGCUGCUUUCACCGUCUCUGCUGAGCUCGACACGCAUGGCGGCGAAAUGCUUCCGACAGCAGCAACGGGACAUGUUCCCAACAAGGACGUCACUCUCAGAAGGCACAACUGGGACACAAAAGCUGUUCUGUGCACAUCUGAACCAAGAGCUUUCCAAGAGUGCGGUUCUGGCCCAUGGGCGUGGUUCACCCAUCUCACACACACUGCAGCAUCAAUGCCAAAUAAGACAUUUCGCCAAGGGUUGACGAUAUUAAAAUGUAGCAAAAUGCCACCUGUCGCAAGACUGUGGGAGCUCGAUGUGUUCAGAAAUGUUGAAGAAACUGUCGUUUUCCAGGAGUUCGCAUGUCAUCAUUUUUAAAAUACACCAUCCUAAGUGUAUUAUAAGCUGUGAAUUUCUAUUGCCUUACAGUAUGGACAUUUUGAAAAGAGUCUAUAUUAAUAUUGAUAAAUUCUAAAUAUUCAGAUGCAGAAAAUGUGACAAAGUCACAGAUGUCAAGCUCGAGUCUUGGUGGGACACGCGCACUUGCAUUCACUGGAGUAAGAGCGUGGUACAGAGUAGCACAUAACCAUGGUCUUUGGGUACAAGGAGGCCAGAGGAGAGACGAACUCCUCCAGGAGCUCCGCUUGACACCUGUGAUCAAGGAUACGUUGUGAAUGUACAUUUUUAGCAAGAGUUGCUAAGAAAAACAAAAGUCAUACUGCAGUGCUGAAUCUGUGCCUUUUCUCAUCUC